AUGGGCAAUCAAAAGGCGGCAUUGCUUCAGUACGGGCGAGCCUGUACACUUGCGCCCCAGUCAGUUCUUGCUCGACUGCGCAAGGCGCGGGUUUUAAUGAAGCUUAAUGAGCUCAAACUUGCACAUGUGGAACUCAAGAUUCUGAAGGAUCUUGCACCUGAUGAACCGAAUGUACAUUACCUGCUGGGGAAGUUGUAUAAAAUGCUCCAUGACAAGGCCAAUGCGAUCAAGCAUUUCACAACGGCCUUAAAUUUGGAUCCAAAGGCUGCUCAGUUUAUCAAGGAUGCGAUGGAAUCGUUGGAGAAUCCCGAAGACGAUGAUGAAGAUAUGGGAUGA